CCGCUAGCUAUCCUGGCUGCCCAAAACGCUUUUUUGCUUUGAUCGUGGGUUAUAAUUCAAACGGAAGCUGUAUAACAUAAGCAUCUGUGCCAGUGAUGAGCGCCUGGGCCUCAGCAGACGCCGCCGCCCUGAAGAAGGGCGAGGCGUCCGACGACCACUUCGGGCUGCUGCUCUUGGCGUACCCGGUCUCCGACGAGCUGAGAAAUGAGUGGGCGCAGGCGCGUGCAACACUCGAACGCGACCACCGGCUUAACGGCGCCUAUUGGAUGCCGCCGGAGCACCUCCACGUGACGAUCGCGACGCUUAGACGAUACGACGCGGCGAAACUGAAUCCCGCGGACCGCGAGGUGACGCUGGACGAGUGGCGGCACAUCCUGGACGGCGCAAAAAUUUCUCAGGGCUGGCCGCCGUCGCCCUUCCGGCUGCGUGUCACGGGCGCGACGUUUCGGGGCGGCUGCGCGACGCUGGACAUUAGCGACGAGGACGGGGCCAUCGCGGCGAUGCGGUCCGCGCUCGAGCUGUCGAUCCGGGCGCGGGGCGGCCACGCUGUCGCAGGCGGCGUGGAAAUCAACCGAUCUCGCGUCGAUGGCGUGCGGUGCCUUGAACUUUGAUUUUUACAUAGGUCGUGGGCGGUGGCGACCGGAGCAAAGGGAGGCCGCCGUCGGUGUGCGCGGCUGAUGAUCCUGCACCGCAUCUGCCGGACAUCUGCCACUGCACCGUCAUGCGGUGGGCGGCGGAGCCGAACGACCGCGACGCUGCGAAGGCGGCGUUCGAGCAAAUCGCCGGCCCGCGGUUUGCGCCUGAUGAUGUGGUGGUGGACGAGAAGCCGCCGGAGCGGGUCUACACGAAAUUUGGGUCCCACGUGCCCGAAAGGCCGCCGCCCAGGCUGAGCUGGUCCGUGCCCGCGGCCGUCGCCGUCGUCGAGUCGUCGCCGUUCAUGCAUGUCGAAGCGCCGCACAACUGGUGGUUCGCCGAGGAUCUUCGCGCCGUCCAGGAUAUGACGCCACUCUAAGUUUUGUAACAACUAAUCACUUAA